GCCCACUUUCCCCUCUCCCUCGCUGCUCUUUCCUCCCCAACACGAACCCGACGUUGUCGUCGCCAUGGCCAACCUUGACUGCGUGCUCCUCGUCGUCCUCGCCGGCAAGGAGCUUGUUCAAAAGAUCCGUCUGCCUCUGCUUCUUCUACUACGAGGUUCAGUUCGAGCCGGGCGCCUUCGCAUCGCGGGGAUCGAGCCCAUCUUCAACCUCCGUUCGCCGCCGUUCGACGCGUCGAUCCGCGCGUCUCCGAUAGUCCCCGGCCUCGUCGAGCCUUCCACGAGCUUCUCUAUGGUGGAUCCCUGGAGCCAGAUGCCACCGCCGAUGGAUACUGCUACGUGGAGACCGCCGAAGACCAGGAGUAGUUAGGAGGUCCCAGGC